GUCGUUUUGUUGACCCAAGAUGCCGGGGUGGGGAACACCAAGUGGACCCACCUUUUCGGGCCCGGCCCGCAAUAGGGCGCAUGUAAUAUGUACAUGUCAUCUGUGUAAGUACUUAAGCACCUACCUAGGUACUUAAGUACUUACUGAAGAAUUCUCAAAUGCCCAGGGCUGGUGCUGCGGGACUCGACAUUCCAAUUCGAAAUGCCACCCACGCGAGCCGGGGCCAGCAGUGCUCAAGACCCGGAGCCCUUGGGGUGGCUUCGGCGAUACGCCACGGGCUACCACAGAUGGCAAAGAGCUCAGCAUGACGGCGUCGCCGUGUUUUAUCGGCCCCUCGGCGUGGUCGAGAAGGGCUUCGACAACGACGGCACCUACCAUGAGGGAAGGGCCGACAUCAACCUGGCCAUGUCCUUCGAGAUCAAGACGACACAGUCAAGAGCACGCCUGAGGCAGCAUAUUCUUCUGGCCUGGACCAACCUGCGACUGAGACACCCUCUCCUCAGCGCCACCGCAACGGGGCCACGAGACUACAUGGACCAAGAAACGGCCCAGAGGAGCGACCGCUUCUUCACCAUACCGAGACCAACCGGGCCUGAGCACGCCAUCGACCUGGCCCGGGACCCUCUCGUCUUUCUGGACGACCACUACUCGUCCGUAGAUGCUGACCAGUUGUAUUUCCACGCGCAGAACGUGGGCCGCACCUUCGACGCGACAAGGUCACUUGUCAAGGUCAUGGUCCUGCCCCUGCAAAGAUGUGCGCCUUCUACUUAUUCCCUGCGCUUCCUCUUUGUCGAGGCCCACCAGAUCUCAGACGGCCUCACCAACGCCAACUGGACUGGCGACUUCAAGCAGCUCCUGAACAACAAGACCGAUGAGCUCCGGUCCGCCAUCCCCACCCUGAUAUCCACUCUACAUGAGCGCCUCCCUCCCUCCCAGGAGGAUCUUUAUCCGCCAAUCUCUGGUUCACGCGCUCGGCAGCGAUGGUUCUGGGCCGUCACCCUUGUGCUGCGUCACGUUCAGAAGCCGCUCCCGCCAGCUUUCCAAAACCCGCUCCGUUACCCAAACGCCCCCAUCAAGGCAUCUCCGCCAGAACUGAGACUCUUCGACAAAAUACUGGACUACGACAAGGUGCCUCCCUUGAAUUCCGGGACAGUUAUCGCCCACAUCGGGAGGACCGGGACCAGGAGGCUGCACCGUGUCUGUCGGGAGGUAGGAUGCAGCCUCGGCGCCGGUAGCUUUGUGUUGGCCGGCGUGGUAAUGAUGGAAAUUUACGAGAAGCGCUUCCCCGAAAUCCCCCUACACGAGCGCCAUGCUUUCAUCGGGUCCUUCCCAAUCAACCCGCGCCCAUUCUUCAACCACAGGGCAAAGCCUGACAGCCUGAUGCUCGCAUUCUCCGACGGAGUGGUGCUGCCGUUCCUCUCGUCUGACCUCGACCUGGACGGCCGGAUCAGGUUGUUGGUUCGAUCUGCCCAGAGGCAGCUUUCCAGAUAUCAGAAACGGCCCCGCAACGAGGUCGAACACAUGAGGCCCAGGGGAGCUGGCAGGGUUAUACCAAUGAAUUAUCUCGACGUGAUUGAACGCGCAAACAAUAAGCUGCCUGGCCACCUCCGCAAGGAGUUCCCAUAUCAAAAGACCCUCCCCAAGCAGAUCAACCCGACCAUGGCAACCUGUGGCGUCAGCUCGGUGGGCCGGUCAGACCCUUCGAUAAUACCCGGGCAGAUCGACUUGACCAGGCCCCUGGCUGGAGAGGACCACGAUGCGUUGAUAGCCGAGAUCCUGGGAACACGACAGAACGUCAGGCCCAGGGAUGGAGAGUUUCUGGUCGGGAUCUGGGGGGGUGAUGACUUUAUCGACGCGAGUGUAAGCUACGAUUCGUGUGCCAUUGACCCGGCGUGGGCUCAGGUGUGGAAGGAGAGGAUGGAGGCGAUAUUAGAUGGGCAGGACGGGCAAGCCAAAUUGUAAUUCGAAAUCAUGUAAACGGCAAAAGUAUCCAGCAUUGGUGUGAAUUGGGAUGGCUCUUUUCACUCCCUCAA